GGAAAAGUCCACGGAGAGAAAGGGCGCUAGGGUUUCGAUUUCCCAUCGAUCGAUCUCCCACGGCGCUGUGUGUGGAUGCGAGCUUCGAUCGCUUCGAGGAUUAGCAUCCAAGUAUGGCAGGGGGGCGAAUAGUAACUAUCUGCCAGUUUGGUGGUGAAUUUGUUACUAAUAGUGAUGGGUCUAUGUCGUAUGAUGGUGGAGAUGCAAAAGCAAUGGAAAUUAACCGUGAAAUGAAAUUCAGUGAAUUUAAAUCAGAGUUAUCAAGUAUGUUCGACAGCAGCACGGAUGGUUUUACCAUAAAAUACUUCCUUCCAAACAAUAAGAAGACUUUGAUUACUGUAUCCAAUGACAAUGAUUUAAAGCGUAUGGUAGACUUUAAUGCUGAUUCAGCGACCACAGAUGUUUAUGUUCUGAAGAAGAACAGGAACAGGACAAUAAUAAGGAGCACUCCAGCUGACUCGGGCACUUCCACUGAUGGCAACACUGCUGUGGUAGCUCCCCGAAGGGGUGCCAAGCGGCUAAGGUUGAGCACCACUGGUCAAGAAGGCCUAAUCACUGGUGUGGGGCAGGUGUUUGAUGGCCCGAAGCCCUUCCGUGAUGCACUUCAGAAGUAUGGCGCGACAAAUAAUUUUUCAUUUAAAUUCAUUAAAAAUGAUGCAGCUUCUGUAAUUGCUGAAUGUUCUGUUGAGGGCUGUUCAUGGCGGAUACAGGCAUCCAGGUCAGCUAAGAAGGAGUUUACAAUAAAGAAAAUGAAUGACACCCAUACAUGCGGUAGGGUGAUUAGCAAAGAAGGCCAUCGUUUAGCAUCACAGCAAUGGGUUGCUAAUAUUAUAAAGGACAAAUUGCGUGAUAGCCCAGAUUAUAAGCCAAGGGAAAUCUUGAAUGAUCUCCAACGAGAAUAUGGGCUCAACUUGAAUUAUGCACAAGCAUGGCGGGGGAGAUCCAUUGCCGAGAAAGAGCUUAACAAUUCACACAAAGAAGCAUGUGAUCAGUUGAAUUGGUUUUGCAACCGGAUAAUGGAGACAAAUCCUGGCAGUGUGGCUGUGUUACAAACAACAGGUGAUAUGAGAUUUCACGUUUUCGUUGCAUUUCAUGCCUCCCUUGGUGGAUUUGAGCAUGGCUGCCGCCCACUAAUUUUUCUUGAUGCGAUACCGCUUAAAGCAAACAAACAGUGGAAGUUGUUGGUUGCAACUGCAGUUGAUGGAGAAAAUAAUAUUUUCCCAGUUUCAUUUUCUGUUGCUGAGGCCGAGACGAAUGACAAUUGGCUUUGGUUUUUGGUUCAACUCAAAUCAGCUUUUUCUAUGUCUCGGACCAUAACCUUCGUUUCGAACAAACAAAAUGGCUUGGAAGAGGCAGUGGCUCAAGUAUUUGAGGAUAGCUAUCAUGGAUACUGUGUGCAUCAGCUCAUUGAGAACUUCAAGGCAGAGUUGGAUGAGUCAUGGACACAAGAGGUGAAAGAUGUUCUGGUUCAUACGUUUGAGCGAUGUGUAUUUGCUUGUAAGGUGGAGGAGUUUAAUGAAUGCGUCACAAGCAUAAAGGCUGAAUCCCAAGAACUUUCUGAAUGGGUUUUGGCUAGCAAACCAGAGAUCUGGUCAAAUGCAUACUUCAAGGGUCACCGGUUCGGUCAUUACUACUCCAAUGCUGCAGAUACAUUUAAUAACUGGAUUUCAAUGCGAUAUGAGCCAUCUCUGGUGCAGAUUGUUGAUGUAAUUAGGUGUAAGAUGAUGGAGAUGAUGUACUCACGACGGGAGUCUUCGAACACUUGGACCGAGGCACUUACACCAUCAGUAAAUCGUAGAAUGGAAGAAGAGAUGGUCAAAGCACAGGCUCUCAAUGUGGUAUGUACAUCAGGCAGUGUCUUCGAGGUGCAGGAUGAUUCUAUCAAUGUCGUUAAUAUUGAAACCUGGGAAUGCACAUGCCGAAGAUGGCAGGUUUUUGGCUUACCAUGCAUGCACGCCCUUGCAGUAAUUGAGCGCACUGAUGGUUGUGUGUAUGAUUUCUGUUCGAAAUACUUCUUAACGGAAUACUUCCGCUCGACUUACGCCUUGUCAAUAAACCCUAUACCUGAUGCUGGUUGGCCAGGAUGCGGUGAUCCUGUUCACAGUCCAGUUUCAUGCCCUCCUCGAACAAGGCGAAUGGUUGGCCGACCAAAAGUAAAGCCUGCAACUCCCCGGGUAUCGAUCAAGAGAUCAAACCGCUGUGGCAGGUGCAAAUCCUUUGGGCAUAACAAGCAGACGUGCAAAUCACCUGCUUAAAUCUUUUUAUUUAUUGCUCCUAGAAAAUGUUAGUCAGUUUAUGAAGUACAUCCCUUGGUAGAUUGUAUAUUCAUUUGUCAAUCCUUGCUUAAGCCCUUCAUGGUUGUGUCUUUAGACUCCAGAGAACAACCUUUAAUUUGAUUUUUCAAAAGUUGCCGUGGUC